AUGUUCCUGUUGCAGGUGGUCGUUUCCACGGCGAUCUCCGGCCCUCUGCAUCUUCCUGAGAAAUAUCACAUGGACAUAGUGGGAGAAAUCCCUCUGGGGUUCCCAGCCCCCAUCCUCCCUAAAGUGAGUCAGUGGGAGGAGAUGCUGGGCACGGCCUUCUCUCUCGCUGUGGUCGGGUACGUCAUUAAUCUCGCCAUGGGACGCACUCUGGCUGCAAAGCACGGAUAUGACGUGGACCCCAACCAGGAGAUGCUGGCUCUGGGCUGCAGUAACUUCCUGGGCUCCUUCUUUAAGAUCCAUGUGAUCUGCUGCGCUCUCUCUGUGACGCUGGCUGUGGACAGCGCAGGGGGAACAUCACAGUUUGCCAGUCUGUGUGUGAUGCUGGUUGUCAUGGUGACCAUGCUAUCACUGGGAGCCUUCCUGAAGCCUCUUCCCAAG